GGUCAGUGUUGCGUCUUUCUUAUAAGUAAGUCGAAAUUCGAGAAAAUCCCACAACAAACAUAUCCACAGCCUCCUCACUGAGCCAUCCUGUGUGCCAAUUUGCAUGUUUCAGGAAAGUCUACUUCCGGAGUCGCCACAUUGGUUGAUUCAACAAGAAAACUAUCAGCAAAUAGAGGAGUACAUAAAAACAUCAAACAGAUGGAAUAAGGCUGAAAUCGAUGUCAGCGCGUGCAAAAAGAUAGAUACACCACCGACACAAAAGAACGAGACGUUAACUGCAGUGGCGAGGAGUCCGGAAAUGCUAAAACUUCUUGCCAUCAAUGGUUUUCUUCAAUUUACUCUGGCGUUUUACGGCUUUGGUCUAACAUUUCUUUCCGUUGAUCUUAGCGCUGAUCGAUUUACAGCAUACAUUUUGACCGCUCUUGCCGAGCUACCUGGGGGUUUGAUGGUAAUUCCUCUCAUGACUUAUGCAGGUCGUCGAAUUUUGUGUAUGAGUACUAUGGCAAUUCAAGGUAUUGCCAUUUUUCUUGCUCCGCUUUCACGAGAACCUAAAUGGGCUUUGGUCUCCUUCGUCUUAUUUGGAAAGAUGGUCAACAGCAUCACAUACUCCGUGCAUCCGAUAUUUUUCUCGGAAAUGUCUCCAACUUCUGUCAGAUCGUUGUUCUAUUCACUUAUUAACAUACCACAAAGCAUAGGAAUUAUUGUAGCGCCUUACCUGCGCCAUAUUGAUUUUGGACCGGAAUGUUCCAGAUAUGAUCGUCCUUUGCCGUCGGAUAUCAAAACUGCUUCAGAUAAUUUCACAGAAGAUCUGAGAAAUAGAGAGAUGUUGAUAAGAGAGCAAGGAUUAGACGAAGAUACUCCUCCAUUGUUGCAAGAGGAUUAAUUUAUUGAAGAAAAAAGACUACGAAAUUUCUUUGUUUUUAGCAUCUGUAAUCAAC